GGAAGGAAUCCUCGCAGAAGGUCUAGUGCCACAGCACAUGGACGAUCAAACAGCAGGUCUUACGACAGUUGUAAAGAGGAAAGGACAUGAAUAUCACCUAUGCCCACAGACGUCAGCACAAGGACAUGCAGAUAUGACAAUCACUCUGUUAGAAGCUGUGAUCCAUCUAUUUGGACAAGAUGAAGUUUCAAAUUUCUGUGACGUGAAGAAUGACCCUGCUAAUCUUGGCCAGAGGAAGGUCUUCUUCAGACACACAAGUGAGGGUCAAGCCUUUCAAAACAGAAUUAUGGGCAUAUUCCAGGAGGAACUACGUGUUCCCAAGUCAGACUGGCAAAGAGGUGGCGCCAUUGCUACAGAAGCCAUGAAAGGGUAUGAUGAUGUGUACAUCACCUAUGACAUUGAAAAGCAUACAGUGAUAAUGUUUGCUGAGAACUGGGACACGAUGGGAAAGGCAAAAAGGCGAGUACAGGAUGAAACAGGAUCAGGAAAGACUUCUUCAAGAGGUAAUCGAAGGUUUGCUGCCAUUAAAACAGUUGCUGCAGAGGUUGAAUCAAGAAUUGAGCAAGGAACAGCUCAAACACAUUGUACCACAGUCCAUGGAUCUGUACUUACCAUCAAGGUUUAUAAAACUGAUAUCACAACCCUGCCUGUUGAUGCAAUUGUAAAUGGUGCAAAUGAGAAUAUGAGCCAUGGAGGGGGUGUGGCCAGAGCUAUUGCAAAAGCUGCUGGAUCCAUGAUGGAAAAUGAAAGUCAGAAGAUAGUGGCAGGCAAACAGAUUCCUGUAACAGAAUUAGCUGUUACAACUGCUGGUAAUUUACCUUCCAAGAACAUUUUUCAUGCUGUUGGACCACGUUGGUCAGAUUAUACCAUGAAAGAUUUGUGCUCAAGAGAUUUAUGUUUCACAAUACUGAGAUGUCUGUGUGCUGCCAGGAAUAAGAGCUUUAACUCCAUUGCAUUCCCUUCCAUAAGUGCAGCUAUAUUUGGGGUUCCACAGGAUGUCUGUGCCAGGAUGUAUGUACAAGCCCUGAAGACAUUUGAUACAGUUGUAUCUGGAGGAUCUCUUAGAGAGGUUCACUUUGUGGAUAUCAGUGAUACUAUGGUCACUGCUAUUGCAAAGGAGUUAGCACAUAGCUGGAAAACACCUCUGGAAGGAAAUGAUUUUCAAAGGGACAAAGACUUUAUUAACAGAUGUUUGGGAACAUAUUUUGGUAUGUCACUUCCACAUCACUCAAACCAGAGUAGUAACAAGCAUCAACAAGUAGCUGAAACCAUGUCUGCUGCACACAAUGACAUCAACGAUGGACAUUUCAAGUUCUCUGAUGCUGUCUCAAUCAACAUCUUCCAAAGUGAUGUCUUUGAAACAAAGGCUAAUGCUCUGGUUUCAUGGGAAGAUACUUCACUCUUGAAUAGUCGGCCUUUUAUAAAGGCAAUGAUUAAAGCAGGGGGAUCUGGUUAUGAUGCUGAAAGGAACAGAAUUUGGCCACAGAUGUCAGUGCAAGGCAAAGUUGCAGAAACAUCUGGCGGAAAUCUGCCUCAAGAUCAUAUUUUCCAUGCCGUUGUUGGUUCAUCUAUAACUCCAUCAGCCUUUGAAACACUUCUGAGGCAAAUAUUUGGCAUGUGUGUGAAGAAGGAGUGCCACUGUGUACUUAUUCCUGUGUGCAACCAAAUCAUUACAGGUGGUUCUUCAAAAAAUAAACUUCAGUUGUUCAUCGAAACAAUGGUUGACAGGCUACGUGACUUAACACGGCACAAGUCACAGUCGACAUUACAUGUGCAUAUUGUAGAACAACAGCAGCAUGUUGUAGAUGACUUGAAACAGAUCCUACAGCAAUACCUGACAUCAUGUGGAUAUGGUAAGGGUUCAGCAGACAACCAGAAGACAGAAGCCUCAGGAGGGGAGGAAUGUGUCAUCUGUCUCAAUGCCAUUGUUAAUCCAAAGACACUUAAGUGUGGACAUACAUUCUGUACAGAGUGCAUUGAUGCUGUAUUCAAACACAAGAAGAUGUGCCCCACCUGUAAGACUGUGUGUGGAGUGAUCACCGGAAACAUGCCUCCAGGACAAAUGAAAGUCUUUGAGUCUUGGUUGAGUUUGCCUGGAUAUGACAAAUGUGGAACCAUACAAAUUACAUACAGUUUCAUUGGUGGUCAAAGCAAAAAUAAGGAAGAACAUCCAGAUCCUGGGAAGUGGUAUAGUGGCAUCACACGUAUAGCUUACCUACCAAACCAUGCUGAAGGACAGAAGGUCCUGGCUCUGCUGGCCGUGGCUUGGAAAAGACGUCUGACAUUCACUAUUGGCAGGUCUGUUACUAUGGGCAAGGAAAGCUGCAUCACAUGGAAUAAAAUACAUCACAAGACAAAUAGAAGUGGUGGUCCAACAAAUUAUGGCUACCCAGACCCUGGCUACUUGAAAAGAGUUGAAGAGGAGCUAGCUGCCCAGGGGUGUGACAGAGGCGGAUCUUGGGGCAACUGGCUCUUCUGCAGGUACUGCUGUCUAAGCUGGAACACACAGCAGUGGGGUACUAGUUGACCGACAACUGCCCUGACAAAAGAAGUGUUUCAUUCGUGGUUUAUUGUUCAGCCUUGCUAUGUUGACAUCAGCUCUGUGUGUUUACAUAAAGUAAAUAUGUUACAAGAGAACAUUCGGAAUUGUUGAAAUACCUGCAUUUUACAAUGUGUUUGGUAUCAGAAAGGAAGUACAGAGACAACCAACCAUCUUUCUCUUUAUACCACAGUAUCACAUUAUCGGUAAUGAUGUAAUACAAUAUUCUCCAAUAUUGUUUGUUAUGAUUCGUUUCGUUGCAGAAUGUGUUGAUGUAGUUUUUGAACUAAGUGACAUGAUGUAGUUAUCAUUGCUAAAUUGUAAGAUGUGUUGUGCAUUUUAAAGUGUAUGUCUCUUGUAACUAUGUAACAUUAGAUUUCAGUGUAUAUGUCUUUUUAUUUGGUUAAAUCUUAUCUUAUUCCUGUUUGAGGCAUGGUUGAUGAUAUCGGUGAAAAUAUCAAGCUAUUAUGUCUGUUAUUUUCUUUGCGAUUGGCAAUAUGUAUAUGUUUUAAAAGUAGUGCAUACAAAUAUGAUAAAACUAUUUUCAUAAGUGAUAGGAGAUCCCAUCAAAUAGCAAAUUAUGAUCCAAGAGAAUGGAAAGGAAAGCAACAAAGACCUUUCCAUAUCCAUAACAAAUGUCUGAGAAAAGCAGAGUUGGUUUUACAAUUCCGACAUUGUCAUGAGCAUUUUCAUAACUAACUAUAAAACACCUGGUGUUUUCAAAAUGAUGAGUACUGCCCCACCCGAGUCCAUUGUAAGCAAGUCCCCUAAUGACUUAUGUUCUUUUGACGCAUUAUGCGAUGCAGAUUAAUAACAUACUGAUAUAUGUGAAAACAAGAUGAACCACAAUACCUAUAUUUAUAAUUUAGCCAUGUACAUAACAACAAACACAAUUAAGCCUUAUGAAAGUUGUAAAGCAUUUGUAUAUAGUUUUUCCUGAGAAUAUCUGGUUGUGUCAAUGGUUUUAUCCAUGAAAAUUACAUUCAGCAUUUUUUAAGGCAUACUUGCUCAAACAUAUUAAUCAUUCUUACCUUUUGUAGGUAGUAGGAAUGAUCUAUUCCUUUAACCAAAUGUAAAUGUAUUUGAGGGAGCUGAAUGGACUUGAUCAAUUUCGGAAAUAACUGUUGGUCUUCUAAAGUAAUUACUGAUAUUCUUGUGAACAAAAUGUCUGGACUUCAUUAAUCAACACUUGAUCCCUGAAUUUGGCCAAUAGAUGCAAUUGCAAAUUCAGUUUUGUUUUCUCCUUGCUUUGUUAAUUCAGAAAAAGGAUUCUGUGAAAUAUUUUAGAUGUUGAUUAUCAGUUUCAUAGCAUCUGUUUAUGAUUUCUAAAUCAUUUCGAAAGAAAAUGAAAUUGUAGAUAUUUGUUUGAACAUUUCCUUUGAUUGUUGUAGACUGGCUAUUGAACAUGGUCAGUAUACGGUGAAUGUGAUUAUUAUCAUGUGUACUUGACUUUACAUUAAACAGUUUCAUUUGAUACAUGUUAAACAUGUAAAUAUACAUAAUUGUAAAUUUCAAAUGAUUCUUAAUCUGACUCACCAAAAAGAAUUUUUAAAUGAAUUAAAUAGACAGGUCUUAGUGAAUGAGAAGUCACGUGUUAUAUGAAAAAGUGUUUGGUUUAGAGUUUAUGGAAAUAAUCAAAGUAUGGUGGUUGUUGCUUGAAAAUGUUCACAUACAACUCCCAUAAUACCUUAUACACAAAAAGCUUCUAAUAGGAGAAAAAAAAGUAAAAAAUAAUUAGACUCAGGGUUCAGUCACUAUGUACUUCUUCAAAGGUUUGAAAGGAGGAAAAAACAUCACACUUCUUUUUCGCCUCUAUACAUGAAUGCUCAAAGAUGAGGUAUGCACAAAUAAUUAACAUACUGUUUUUAUAUAAGUAAACUAACAUAAACUCUUUUCCUCCGUUUGAGCAUAAGACAUAUACUUUAUGUUUAAAAAUGUGUUGGCUUUCCUUUUCUUGAACAUAAUGAAAAUAUCAGGGAUUCAUAUAUGAAUCCACCAAAAUACAAGUAUAGAAUAAAAGUAUAACAAUUAUGUUUGACUUUUUAUGAAUUAGUAGCUAUUAAUAUCUAUGUAUAAUAUCCAGAAAAUGUAGUUUCUAAAUAGCAUUGUAACCAUGUUGUUUUGUUGGACUGUAAAUACAAACACAUAUACAGGUAUUGUAAAUACAGGAUUGUAAAUAUAAAGACAGUGAGAGUCUUGCUCUGCAGUUUUAGCAGUCAUUGAUUUAGCUUGUUGGGACCUGUGGGUUCUAUUAGAAAUAACAAUAUAUAUAACUAUGAUAGUAUCAUAAUAUUGUCGGUAAGCACAAUGCCUUGUGUUAAGUAAUGUGAGAGUUCAAACCAGAUUCUUAUUCUGCUGCUGCAGAUGUAGAUGAUAGGUAUAGGAGAGACAAUUAACAUUAUGUAAAAAGUGAGGGUAUUAUAUACUCUUCACUAGACUCCCAAUAUCAGUUAUGUCCUAAAAACACAAUACUUUGCCAUAAAUAUUGAGGAAACUCAUGCCAGAUUCAUAUUCUGCUGCUGCAGAUAAACCAGAUCUCUUGAUUUUAAGUCAGUGUCAUCACCAGUAUUUUAUCAUGUGUUUAUAUAGAAAAGAUAUCAAAACAUGUUUAUUUGUCAUGAAAAUAUUUGUUAUGUUUAUAAAUGAAACAGCCCACAAACUGUCACCUGUACAUUCAGAUUGAAGGAAUGUAUGUGUGUGUGCAUGUGCUCGCGCUUAUAAGAUCAUUAAUGCACAAGAUUUUAAAAUAUCGUAAACUACCAUGAGGUUGUUUGUCCUUUUUGAAUGAGAGAUGAUGUUAUGAAUGAAAACAAGAAAUGUGUGAGCUGUUCCUUUCUUGUACUUAACGGAAACAUUAAUUAACAACACA